UGCACCUGGAUUCCUAAGGAUUAGCAACAGGCUUGCUUCCGAGUUCUUGAAUCCCUUCCAGCUUUGUCCAAAACCUUUUUUUUUUUUUCUCUUUUUAGUUUUUGGUUUGUAACACGCUAAGAAGGGAGGGGAAAGGGGACUGACUGCAGGAGGGAUGAGCAGCAGUGGGGUGGUUCUGAGCACCCCAAAUCUUGAAGAAAGUACAGUGUUUACGCAAUUAAACCCAGUCACAAUGUCCGGGGAGUCUGCUGAAGACACCUCGGUCUUUGAAGACAUCAAACCUGCUAUAAGGAUCUUGGAAAACCAACAUGAGUUGGCGCAGCUUACCCCAUUGAGGAUGGAGCAGCGAAUGCAGCUUACUAUGGAGGCACGUUCUGAAAUGGACAAGUACCUCUCCAGUCAGCUGAUGCCAGUUCCAAUGGUGCCAGACAAGAAGUACCGCAGGGAGAGCGCCUCUGUGGUAGAUGAGUUCUUCUCGACAGAGAAGCCCUCCUCCACACCAUACAGCGUGAACAUCAAUGUGAUACUGCCUGACACCACACACCUGCGAACCGGGCUCUACCGGCCAACCAAACCCCUCACCUCAUUCCCACAGAUCAAAACAGAGCCUGGCACCAGCUUCACCCAGCCCUGCUCAUCCACGGCAGGCUCGACGCAGACGCUGCCGGAUUUCACCAGUGUCUUCAGCAUGCCUCAGUCGGUGGCGGUGAACAAUAUCUUCAUCAAGCAGGAGAUGCCCUCGGAGAUCCCUUUGUCUGGCAGCCCGCAGCAGGCCCAGCUUUACCAGAUGCCCAUUGGAAAUGGUGAUGCGGAUGUCGCCACAAUGGUGCCCUCUACUGGCAGCACCACAGCCAUCAACACCAUCAGCGGCGUCACCAUGUCCACAGGCAGUGCCAUGCUCCCCAGACCCAUCCAGCCUGGCGGACAAGUGAAGCACUUCCAAAAUGUCUCCCAAGGUCAGGGGAACUUCAACAUCACGGGGCAUUUCUACCCUGUCCCAGGACUAAACCUGCCCCCUUCACCUCCAAACUCACAGCCUGGCAGCCCUGAGAAUCAGCCUGAGCUCAUCAACACCAUCUCGCCCCCACCCUCCUAUGAAGCCACAUUUGGACUGAAGCUGGUACAGUCAUCCCAGAUCCCCACACUCCCAAAUGGUCUCGGGACCCUGUCCCAAGGGCACAUUAUUGUGCCAACCCCCAAAUACAACAGACGCAACAACCCAGAGCUGGAGAAAAGGAGGAUCCAUCACUGUGAUUACCCAGGUUGCACGAAAGUUUACACCAAGAGUUCCCACCUGAAGGCACAUCAGAGAACUCACACAGGAGAGAAGCCAUACAAAUGCACCUGGGAAGGCUGCGACUGGCGCUUUGCCCGCUCUGACGAGCUUACCCGGCACUACCGCAAGCACACAGGAGCCAAGCCCUUCAAGUGCCUAGCCUGUGGGCGCUGCUUCUCCCGCUCCGACCACCUGGCUCUGCACAUGAAGAGACACCAGAACUAGUGGCAGAGCUCCUGCUUCACCCUUGCCUCCCUUCCAGGAGCAGCUGGGACACCUUCUUCUUAGACGGAUGACUCUUCUUGUACAUAGGAACAAAACCAUGCUGUGAUCAAAUGGCAAUGUGUGAGCUCUGCGCACGCUUCCUCCUUGUGCCCUGUCACCAAGGUACUCUUAGUUAAAGGAUGAUUAAAACUAUAUCUGUAUCCUGGCCAGGAUCCCACUUCCUGACCAGGAGAUGUUCCUUGGACUCCAGGACUCUUCCUUCCAGUGAAUUUGCUAUUUAUUUUUCACUCUGAAGCAAUUUUCCUUUUUGUCUCAAACUCUUUGGAGCCUUCCCUUCCCUUUUGGGGUCUGCCUCUGGUUGGGAAUGAGCAGAAAUAUGUCGGGCAGAUGCACCACUGGGUUAGCCAGCUGUUGGGAGGGCUUUAUCAAGUUCUUUGUGGAGCCUUCUUGGACUGAGCUAUUCCAUAACCAAGUUGCCACCAGCAAUGUAGCACACAGGACAUCCAGGCCAUGCAAGAAUAGCAGUGAGUGUUCAUGGAUUGUUUGGAAAGUCGGGUCUUUAGUCUUCACCCCUGUGGUUGCAAGAAACAAGGGCAGGAAAACUUAUCCCCAAGAAGUGCUGCCACAGCUGGGACAGAUCCGAAGCAGACAACAAAGCUGUUGUUCAUGCUCCACUGAGACCAGCUGAUAUUUUCUGCAAGAAAGGUGGCUUUGGGUUGUGAAUUCCUAGAUUUCUUUGCCAGGCAUGUCCAACAAUUGGCCCUUAGCAUUUUUGCUUGGAGGAUGGUUUUGGCUUCUGCUCUCUCUGUUGUGAGAACCAGGUUGGCUUUCAGGGGCAGGAAGUGGCCAGUCCCCAUGAAGAAAAAAAAAAAAGAAGACACACUGGUUUCCCAGAAUGCACUGUGCCUUUGAUUUCCAAGGAUACAUUGAGUGGGGCCCCCCUCAGGCCUCAAACACAAGAGACUGGUCGUUACAAACCACUUUUUCCUGUUGUCAUUUGUGCAUUUUACCACGUUCAGAAAAGCAGCUUUGAAAACGAACUUGUGCAAACUGUGAUCAUGUUACCUACCUCACAGGUUCAUGGCCCCACGCUCUGCAAGGAACCUUCACUUGUCUUCCUCAGAACGCCUCGAUGUGCAGCGUACAGGGGAGACCCCUGGAGCACAUUAAAAGUUAAACGUGGGCAGAGUAAGAAUAGGCUAUGCCCACUGAAACUGCAGCAAUGUAGUAGAUAAGAAACAAAUCAGGACACGUAAUCAGCCUAGCAUGUUCAACAGUACUUUGAUUUUUCCUGGUGAACAAAUGUAAAUAAUGUACAGACAGUGAUGUGUGAUAGAAAAUCAACCAAUAAGCAAAAUCACAUGGGCUGUGGAGUUUCUGGAAACUCA